AUGACUUAAUAAGUACUUUAACAAAAGAUUAUAGAUAUCGAAUUGUAAAUAGGCAUCUGCGAAAUCCUAAAUUUUGGAAUUGAUUAAAUUGAUAAAAUAAGAAAGUUAAGAAAACUAGGCAGAAAGGAAGUAACUUAACGAUUAGGUCAUUAAAUUGCAAGACAAUAAGUUAUAGGAAGAAGAACCGUAACUAAUAUUUUAAAAUGAAAUUUGUUAACAAAAAAUUUCUUAAUUAUAAGAUCAAGUAGUUGGGCAAUAGGAAUUUGAAAUUAAAUAUAGAAAACUUAUAAAUGAUAUAUAGUUUACUUAGAUUAUGAAAAUAAAUUGGAAACCUAGUCUAAUGUAUUUAAAAAUGAAAUAAAUACUUUAAAGAUUUANAAAAGCUCAUAAAUUUAUGAAUCACUUUUCAAAGUUGGCAAAUUUUUUUGUCUAACAGUUUUCUUUUUACACUUUAUAUGAAAAACAAUCAAGAAGUCUUUUCGUUAAAUGUUACUUUAUUUAUUAUAUUCCAUUAAUUUAAUGUCAGAAAGUUAAACUGAAUUCUUAUAAAGGUAAGUAAUCAACUUAACUAAAGAAAAUCAUCUGUUAAAAGAAGAUAACUUGGCAUUCCGUCAUUUUUAAAAUAAUAGAGUAAAGGAAUUGAAAUCAUACCUUAGAGAUGUUCAAAUAUAGAUUUCUAAAUAUAUUGCGUGA